AUGACUACCAACACCCAAGACCGUGUCGCCUCCGAGCACGAUGGCUUCUGCGACUUCUGCCAGAAGUACUACGCGAGCUGCGCCGUGGUGAGAGACCACAAGAGCCAGAUCCACGUCGGCCUCCAGUGUCACUGGGGAAGCUGUGCCAUCACGACCACUACCGAGGCCGAGAUGCGAGACCACGUCAUACAACACAACAAUGAUGCUGCUAAAGCGCCGGGGGAAGAACUACCGUUCACGCACUUCCCGGGCUGCCGUUGCGGCGGUGACAGUCAGGUGAAGGCCUACAGACUGAAACGCCAUCUCAUGCGCCAGCAGUACCACUUGAAGCUACGGGCGGAGAAGGCUGCCAGUCGCCAAGAAGUCGGUAAUGGAGAAGACGGCGAGUAA